GCCAUCACACCAAGCAGAAGCACCAUUACCCAUUUACAAUUACCAUCUUCUUUGCUCUCUCUCUCUCUCUCUCUCUCUCUCAGUCAGUACAUUCAUUGCUGCAACUGCAUUACAGAAAGCUUCAUGUCUGCCACUUAUACUGCUAUCUCACAUCGCCUUCUUUCUUCCAUUGUCUGUCUUUUUUUGUCUUCCUCCCUGUUCAAACAGCAUGAAAAGUUUCCCUUUUCAUGUUUUUCCCGCUUACAUUUCCAUUCCUUAAUGACGCACUAGUUGCAUAAGCUACCUGCAGAAUCAUUUCAUACAUGUGAGGAGUCUUGAGAAAAGACGCUGAUAGAAAGUAGAGUUAACCCGUGUCACCACUCACAAGUCUCCCAUUUUAUAUAAAUAUAGCCAUUCCCAAGGGACUCAUCUCCACUAAAACUUUUAACAGCAUUCUUAGGAAAUCAAACAACGCAAGAUGUCGCUUUCCUGUGUCAAAAACUUCUUCCAACGCUUCUGUACCGAUGAUGUUCAAAUGGAAGGUAUCCCCCCUGGCAGCUUCUUUUCUAGUGACCUCCUACCAUCCCUUGGUGCUAGAAUAAACCGGGCAACUAAACUUCGAAGAUACAUAAUUUCCCCCUACAAUUCCCAUUAUAGGGCUUGGGAGAUGUGGCUGGUUCUUCUAGUUAUUUACUCUGCUUGGAUCUCGCCGUUCGAGUUAGCAUUUUUAACUUACAAAAAAGAUGAUGCACUUUUCAUCAUUGACAACAUUGUCAAUGGCUUCUUUGGCAUUGAUAUUGUUCUCACCUUUUUCGUUGCAUAUCUCGACAGCCACAGUUAUCUUCUUGUUGAUAAUCCGAAGAAAAUAGCAAUCAGGUACAUAUCUACCUGGUUUAUCUUUGAUGUCUCCUCAACUGCACCAUUUCAGUCUCUCAGCCUUCUAUUCAAAACUCAAAGCGGCAAUGAAGUUGGCUUUAGAUUACUCAACAUGCUUAGACUCUGGCGUCUCCGACGGGUCAGCUCCCUUUUUGCAAGACUUGAGAAGGACAUCCGAUUCAACUAUUUCUGGACUCGGUGCAUAAAGCUUAUUUCUGUAACCUUGUUUGCAGUACACUGUGCAGGAUGCUUUAUCUACUUGAUUGCAGAUCGAUAUCCUGAUCCAAAGAGAACUUGGAUAGGUGCAGUGAACCCAAAUUUCAAAGAAGACACUCUAUGGGACAGAUAUGUAACUGCAAUUUACUGGUCCAUUACAACACUAACAACAACUGGAUAUGGAGACUUGCAUGCUGAGAACCCCAGGGAGAUGCUUUUUGACAUCUUCUAUAUGUUGUUCAACUUGGGAUUGACAGCUUAUCUCAUCGGAAAUAUGACAAACCUUGUAGUUCACUGGACCAGCCGCACAAGGAAUUUCAGGGACACAAUCAGAGCAGCUUCAGAAUUUGCUGCACGAAAUCAGUUACCACCUCGCGUACAGGAUCAAAUGCUGUCACACUUGUGUCUGAAGUUCAAAACAGAAGGACUGAAGCAGCAAGAAACCUUGAAUGGCCUGCCAAAAGCAAUACGUUCAAGCAUCGCGCAUUAUCUCUUCUACCCCAUUGUCGAAAAAGUUUAUCUCUUUCAAGGGGUUUCUCAUGACUUCCUCUUUCAAUUGGCUACAGAAAUGGAAGCUGAAUAUUUUCCCCCCAAGGAAAAUGUAAUUCUGCAGAGUGAAACUUCAACAGAUCUUUAUAUACUUGUCUCAGGAACAGUGGAAUUGACGUGCCACGCAGAUGGACAUGAUCAGGUUAUUGCAAAAGCUACAGCAGGGGAUAUUUUUGGAGAGAUAGGGGUUCUGUAUUAUAGACCUCAACCCUUCACAGCAAGGACAACUGAGCUUUCUCAAAUACUACGACUAGCAAGGACUUCACUGAUGAACACUAUACAGGCAAAUCCAGAAGAUGGUCAAAUCAUAAUGAAUAAUCUUUUCAAGAAACUGCACAGGUCAGAAAGCACAGACUGUGAUAACCAAAACAGAGAUCCAGGAUUGAUUCUCCACGAAUGCUUUGAAGGAGUACCAAAGGAAAGAUGGCAUUCUGAGAUAGGAUAUCAAAAUCAUUCACAUGGGAAUCCAUCAGGGCGUGAAGUAGGAGAUACAUCUUUUGAGGAACUCAAGGCUAAAGAAAAGAGUAAAACAGGCAUAGAUCAUAAUUCCAUUACACAUGUGGCAGCUGUAAAUUCAAUAACUGGGGAUGGCCAAAUGGCUGCGGUUCACAAGGGCCAUAUUGAAAUGGUGAAGAUUCUACUAGAAGGAGGAGUAAAUGCAAACAAUCCAGAUGCCAGAGGGUGGACCUCAAAAGCUCCAGCAGAACAACAAGGAAAUAGGAGCAAAUAUGAUAUCUUACUAAGCUAUGAAAAUAGAAGGAAAUUAGAUGAACACAAAAUAGAUUUUGUUGAAACAGAAACUACUGAUGAUGUCAGGAGCAGUCAAGGGGAACAUAAACGAAUCAGUAGGCCCAAUUGGUUUAACUUUCAUUCCAAAACAGUGCCCACAACCUCCAGCUCAUGCGUUUAUAGUUAUUCUUAUGAUAGGGAAGCGAAAAAACUAACCAAAAAGAGAGUCACUAUUCAUAUGCAGAUUCACAAUAAAAGUACAUUCCAGAGACCACAUGGGAAGCUAAUUAUCCUACCUGAUUCAAUAGAAGAGUUGCUCAAGAUUGGUGGUGAAAAAUUUGGAGGCUACAAAUUUACAGGAGUCAUCAAUGCUGAGAAUGCAGAAGUAGAUGAUAUACGUGUCAUUCGAGAUGGUGAUCAUCUGUUUCUCCUUCAAAAUGACACUGAAAUUUUGGAUUGUGAUGUGACCUAAAAAUCCUUCUGAAGGUUUUGAUGUAGAAAUGCAUAUAUCUAGAUGUUUUCGGCAAUGUAUAGACAAAUAUCAACAAAAAAGUGGAUAAAUCUAUCGGUCAAAAUCAAAAACAAGCAGUAAGAACAGGAAAAUUGAAGUCAAUUACAAAUGGUUGCACUUUUUCUCAUUUCUUUUGGUGCAAAUAACCCCAUCCACGUAUAACAAUGAGAAAUUUCAA